UGAAUUAUAAAAAUAAAAAAAUCACAAAAAAAGCGAGAGAGGGAGAGAGAGAGAGAGAGAGAGAUAAGAGAAGAUCCUCCAAAGCCCAGGGGUUAUAACUGUUUAUGGGAAAAGGUUUUAAGCACACAUAAACAAAUAGAAUACACGCGGUUCAAUGGAAAGUUUGAGUCAGUUGGGCAUUGGCUUCUUCUAUGCUCCCAGUCCCAGUCCCAGAAAUAGAAGCCUUCCAUUUCACCACCACCAUUACCAGAGAAAAUCUUAUAAGCUCUAUCCCUCCACUUGCUCGGCUAGCAAAUGGGCCGAACGCCUCCUUUCCGACUUCCAUUUCAUCGGCGAUUCCUCCGAACACAGUCACUAUCACAAUGCAACUGCUACUCUCGCUCCUUCUCUUCCCCCACUGGCUCCCCCCGACCGCCAGGUCUCCAUCCCUCUCGAUUUCUAUCAAAUCCUCGGCGCCCAGACCCAUUUUCUCGGCGACGGCAUUAGGAGAGCUUACGAGGCUAGGGUUUCCAGGCCUCCUCAGUACGGUUUCAGCCAAGACGCAUUGGUUAGCCGCAGGCAGAUUCUUCAGGCUGCCUGCGAAACCCUAGCCCACUCUACCUCACGCCGAGAGUAUAAUCUCGGUCUUGUUGAAGACGAACAGGAAACAAUCCUCACUCAGGUUCCUUGGGAUAAGGUACCUGGGGCUCUGUGCGUGUUGCAAGAAGGGGGAAAGAUCGAACUUGUUCUUGAAAUUGGAGAGACUUUGCUCAGAGAGAGGCUGCCCAAGUCGUUUAAGCAAGAUGUUGUUUUGGCUAUGGCACUCGCUUACGUUGACAUGUCCAGGGACGCAAUGGCUUUGUCCCCUCCUGAUUUCAUUCGGGGUUGCGAAGUACUAGAGAGGGCAUUGAAGCUCUUGCAGGAAGAAGGGGCCAGCAGCCUUGCACCUGAUUUGCAAGCACAAAUUGAUGAGACAUUGGAAGAGAUUACUCCUCGUUGUGUUUUGGAACUCUUAGCCUUACCCUUGGACGACGAAUACCGGUCCAAAAGGGAAGAGGGACUUCAUGGCGUCCGCAACAUUCUGUGGGCUGUUGGAGGAGGUGGAGCAGCUGCAAUUGCUGGAGGAUUCACCCGUGAAGAUUUUAUGAAUGAGGCUUUUUCACGUAUGACAGCAGCUGAGCAGGUUGAUCUAUUCGCAUCCACACCAAGCAAUAUCCCAGCUGAAAGUUUUGAAGUGUAUGGAGUUGCACUUGCACUUGUUGCCCAAGCUUUUGUUGGUAAAAAACCUCAUCUCAUCCAAGAUUCUGAUAACCUAUUCCAACAACUGCAGCAGACUAAGGUAACAGCUCUAGGAAACUCUAUCAAUGUUUAUACGUCCAAACAAAACCGUGAGGUAGACUUUGCUUUAGAAAGAGGCCUCUGCUCGCUGCUUGUAGGGGAGCUUGAUGAGUGUCGCUCGUGGUUGGGCUUAGACACUGAUAACUCACCAUACAGAAAUCCAUCUGUUGUAGACUUUGUCUUAGAGAACUCAAACGAUGGCGAUGACAAUGAUCUCCCUGGUCUUUGCAAGUUGUUGGAGACAUGGUUGUCAGAGGUGGUGUUUCCCAGAUUUAGAGACACCGAAGGUAUACAGUUCAAGCUUGGAGAUUACUAUGAUGAUCCUACUGUCCUUAGAUAUUUAGAAAGGCUAGAUGGUGCUAGUGGUUCACCGUUAGCUGCAGCAGCCGCCAUAGUAAGGAUUGGGGCUGAGGCAACGGCAGUUAUCGAUCAUGUGAAGGCCAGUGCACUUCAGGCCUUGCAAAAGGUUUUUCCUCCAAGUCAAAAGGAUGAGAAUAUGACACACCAAGAAGAUGGUGAGAUCAAUCAAUCUCUUCUCCCUUUAGAAGGCGAGGAGCCUAUUGAAGAACCUGAUCUAGAUGAUUCUUCCCUUGUAGCUGAGAUUUCUGGAAGAGAUGGUUCUGAUGAGUUUCGUGGUGAAUUUUUAAUUACUGAUAAAGUUAAGGAUGCAAGUGUGAAGAUCAUGUGUGCUGGUGGGGUAAUUGGAUUGAUUACUUUGUUUGGCCUGAAGUAUUUACCUUCUAGGAAUAGCUCAUCCAUCCUGCGCAAAGAACUUGGUUCACCGAAGGCAUCUAAUGUCACUGAUUUAGGUGUGUCGGGAGAUAUAGAAUCUACAGAGGAAUUACCCAAAAUGGAUGCAAGAAUUGCAGAAGGUCUAGUUCGCAAAUGGCAGGAUAUAAAAUCUAUGGCUUUUGGGCCUGAUCAUUGCAUAGGAAAGUUAGCGGAGGUCUUGGAUGGUGAAAUGUUGAAAAUCUGGACAGAGCGAGCUGCUGAGAUUGCACAGCUUGGUUGGUUUUAUGAUUAUUCUCUGUCAAACCUGACCAUUGAUAGUGUGACUGUCUCACUGAAUGGGCAGCGUGCUGUGGUGGAAGCAACUCUUGAAGAGACAGCACAGCUCACUGAUUUGCACCAUUCAGAACACAAUGCCACAAACAGCAGAUCCUACACCACAAGAUACGAGAUGUCUUGCUCCAGAUCUGGAUGGAAAAUUAUUAAAGGAGCCGUUCUGGAAUCAUAAUCAGAUUCUGUGAAAAGUAUAAAUAACCACUCUUAUGUAUAUGCCUUAUUUAUCUCGCUCCAUCUUGUUUAUUGUAGUUUAUCCACGUCAUGUUCAGAAUAUUUCUCGAGUUUCAUCUUGUUUUUAAAAGCAUUUCUAAGAGUGUAAAGAAGUUUUCUAUAGUAUUCUGGUUAAAGAUGUUAAACAUGCAUUUUGUUCUAA